GGCUGAUGUCUCGUAAAUCCUUGCGCUCGUUACUACAGCUGUCCAUGACGGCUGUUGUAAGUUAUGGUCAUGGAGAUCUUGAUGCAUACGGGCUUACUGUGUCUACGAUACGCUUGUGUUCACCGACCGGAUUGCCUGGAGGUUUCGCGAACGGGGCCUGCUGUUUGAUGUCUCAAUAUGCUACGCGACGUCCCGUCGAGCAAAUCGCUAUGACCGUAAGUUACAAGCACUGUGGCGCCACGCCCACUACUAGUAGACGAUGGCCGCAGUCCUGCCUGUCACUGCCGCACCUGCAAGGUCUAGUCCCUCAGUCGGCCAUCAAUGCCUCCUGCUCUCACGAGCCUCGCAUGCGGCAACUCGAAACCCUCCUUUCUGCUCUGGAAUUCAUGCCUGGAUGCCUGGCGGAAGGGCGUCACCGUCUUCGACGGAGUACCUCUUGACGCGACUGUCAACUUGGCGUGCAGCCGGUUCAGUCGAGGAGGCGGAUGCUGGGCGGCGCUCGCGGGUGAAUCGACAUUGAAGAAUAGAGUGUGAAGGGAAUAUGCACAUCCAAGCGGAUCGGCAGGAGGCCUCACUGGCGGCAGGGGCUCAGGUGAAGUCAAACGACUGCUGGACUCGGACCGUGACCGCUUAAGUUGGGGAUUCCACCAAUGUGUUUGCGCACAAAGGCGGGGAGGCUUGGGGACCAAGGCAGACCGCGCUGUCCAGGACCAAUCCAGGACGAUAUUGAGGCGUUGGAGGGUGACGUCAGCUGAGCCUAGCGUCCCGCGCCCGUCAUGCGCCCGUGUUCUUGUGGCGGCGGUGUGCUCCUUCGUGCGACCCGGGAGAUGCGUGUGCAGCCAGCUCAGGUUGCGAUAAAUCAGACAGAGUCAAGCACGACGAA